AUGCCUGUAGUCGUGCUUGAGGCAGCUGAAUUCGGGGAUCUGGCAACAGGCAUGCAGAGCAAAGAAGUUCAGCAAAUCCUUACUUUGCGAAAGGCUCUGGGCCUCGCAGUCGACAUCGCCGCUGGUCUAAAUGCUCUCCAUGACGUCGGAAUUGCUCAUCUCGACCUGAAGCCUCAGAAUAUACUUCUUUUCAAACACGACAAGCUUGGCAUAGUUGCAAAAAUCUCCGAUUUCGGUUCAUCCUUGAUCGUCGAUGAAGUUGAGGGCGAGAUCAAUAUACAAUCAGGGACCUCAAUGUGGCAAGCUCCAGGGUGUGAUAGGCCAGUCAAAAAACACGAUCUAUACAAAUUGGACAUUUACUCCCUAGGACUUAUAACAGCUAAUCUUUUGACCGGCAAUGCGAUCGCCACAGUCAUACUCGAGGAAAUGGAACCGGAGGCAUUACAAGACCUUAAAACCGGAUCCGAUUUUGCCAGUCUUGUGGCGAAGACAGUAGAUAUGGAGAUGAACGGCUUCCUUGGACGAGCCUUCUAUGAUGAGCAAAAUGGAGAAAUUUUCGGGACCAUAGAUGAGCCAGAAGCUAAUGACAGCAGGGCUUCUCAGUCUGAUACAACUUCAAGGGAUAGAGAAGUCGAAGAUACCGCUACCUCGGCUGCUUAUCUGGUUUUUCGAGCUUUAGGUCUUGAAGAGCCAUCACAGGAAGAUCUAAAAAGGGUCUGGUUGUUCGCCAAGUCCCGUGAGAUGAUUCGCCAAGCCUCUGAGAACGGGAGGUUUGUGCCACUCGAACGAAUUACGGACCAAGACGCCGCACACCAUAUUCAGACAAUCCUAGAUAAGUGGCAGCUUCAAAAAGCCCCGAAGCCCCCAAGAGUCUUCCGCGUACGAAGCCCUGGAGCAGUACUUGAGGCUGACAGGUCUCUUGGAACUCUUCGAAUUAUGCCUCCAGAAGUAAUACGGCAGAUAGCCGACCAGCUUGAGGAAAUUGCCAAUGAUGUGAAGCAGGACGUUUUGGACAUCCAAGCCACCCCAUUUAUCACGAAAGCCCUGCAGUUGUUGAGUCUAAGCGCAAGUCUUGGCAGUAUUGAGGCACAGGGGUUCGUAGCCUGGCUAUACGAUACCUUCGACCAGCACCUGCCCUCAGACCUUGAAAUAGACAAAAUCAAGUCUUGGUUGGAAUCAGCCUACCUUCAGGGCAGUGGAACAGCCGGCCGACAUCUGAAAAUCCUAUCUGAAGAGACGUAUCGUAGGGCAAAAAAGCGACUGCGAGAACAGCGCGGCGGCAUUGGACUGGAGCUUCCGGAAUCUUGGCAUGGGCCGGACGAGCAAUUUAAUGAUGCGAUAAGUUACGUCCAACUUGGUUUCCAGGAUGACGAUUCUUGCAAGCGGCUCUAUUCAAUGUUACAAGCUUUCGCAACGACUGGGCGAUAUCGCCUACUGCGCAAGCUGAUCCAAAUAACCACUGUUGAUGUCAACUUCACCAGCGAAUUCGGCGAGACACCUCUCUUGAUGGCUUCACGUUCAGGCCAUACUAAAAUGGUGCUCUACCUACUAAGGAAAGGUGCUGAUCCGCGCAUAGCGAGUGACGAAGGUGUCACGCCUUUACAUUUUCUAAGCUCGUUUGAAGAUGAGGACAUGUCGAUUGUAGCCGAAAGCCUAGUUCAUCAUAAUGCUUCGUUAGAAGCUCGAUCAACCAGAGCACACACCUAUCACACAGUGACAGACUCAUGCUAUGGUCUAACAAACGGAACGCCUUUGACGUGGGCGGUCGCAGCAAAUAACCUCAUGGCGACCAAGACACUGAUUCGGCUGGGGGCAGAUCCUUUUGAUGAAGCUUCUAAGCACGUGCCUGUGGGCGACGAUUGGUCAACAAUCUAUCAUACCAACCCUGUACUGUAUGCUGCGAUGAACCAUCAGUGGCAACACCUGGAGGUCCUUCUUCCGUCUGGUAUAACGGGUCUUAGAUCCCGAAUGCAGAGUCUCUUGGGUCGCGGGCCACUGUGGCACCUACAACAUGGCUCGCGGCCUGUUGGCCCAUGGGGUUUCAUUGAUAAUUCGACCCCUUUGGAUGCCUGCGUGCGGUAUUCUACUCCCGGGGCCUUCAAGCGACUUCUCCUACACGGCAAGGAGCACCGGAGAGCCUUCCGAAAAACGUUUGAGCUGUUAGCGAGUAAUGGCAUAGACCCUCGUGCAACUAGCUUGAGGUUAUUACAAGAGGCCGCACAGUGGGGUCAACCCUUCGUAAUCCGCUACCUGAUGGGGUGGAAGGGCGGGAUCAUGAGACCGUCAGCUCUUGAAUGGCAGAGACUCCUCGCUCUGGCGAUACGUCACCACGACAGAGUAGUUUUGAACGCGCUCCUCGAAUACCGGAUGUCUUAUAACAUCCCCAGCAAAGAAUGGACAGUGUUCUUCAGAGGCAUUGCUGAUAGAACAAAUGAUGCAGAUUUGCUACAGGGUCUUGUCAGUUAUCUAGAUCCCUCUGACGAUUUUUCGGAACUUGUCAGUCGUUCAUUUCAUGCAGGCUGUCCGGCUGUUGGGAAGUGGUUUUACACGAACGCCAAAUGUAAUCUUGCCAAAGUGUACACGGAUGGGCCGGCUAACGGCCGAUCUCUCCUUGGAAUGCUCAUCGUUCGUUCAAAGCAGUUCAGCAGUGUUCUCAGCGCUGUGGAGCAAUUCUUUGCUCUUCCGGGUCUUCCCGAGGAAGUGUUCUUCGAUGUUGGGAUCAUUGGUGGUUCGAAAUUCACUGCCCUUCACAUGUCUGUCUUCCACGCCGAAUACCGCAUCGGUUCCCACAUGCGGCCGCGGAUCUUGGAAAUGGUCUUGGAACAAUACAACGAACCGUGGCAGCUGAACUUCCAAAUCAAAGACGGUCCUUAUAGAGGCUUCACGCCCUUGCACAUUGCGGUCAUAACCUGCAAUGCGGAAGGGGUGAGAUUUCUUCUGGAUGAGGAGGAUGUUGACCGAGAUAUGAUGACCGACGCAGCAGAAACUGCUAUGGACCUCGCAUUGAAAAAUUUCAGGUGUCAGAGCCCAAUGAUAGAGUUCUGGGAAGUUCCUGCAGGUAGUCGCGGGAAAGCUGACAUGAGCCACUUUCACCGAUCGUUGGAGAUAUUCACACUGCUUCGACAGGUAGGCGCCAAAGCAAACAAGUUACGGGCAGCGGUAGUGCGCACAGAACCCGAUGACAUUGUACUGAUCACGCCAGGAGUUGAGGAAGCUGUGGUUUUUAUGCCUUUUGUCCCCAAACCACUGCCAAGGGAGCUACACGAUACCAUAUUUUUCGAGAAGACAAGCGAGCUCGAAGUUGACCACUGUUUCUUCAUCGGCAAUCCCGAUGCGAUUGGUGGAAGUGAACCUGAGGGGGCGGUCAAAGUUGAUGCGACAGAUUUGGUAUCUGUCGAUACUCCAGAUCUUCCUAACCUAGGUCUAAGGAGCCAAAGUGAGGGUUGGGUCACGAUUUGA